CAAAAAAGUCGUGCACAGAACACAGCUGGCAGCAGAUGCAAGCUAGCAGAUUGCAUGACAGGCACUCAAAUCGACAGGCAGGUCCUCUUUGCCAGCUCCAAAUUGCUUACCUAGUCCUGUUCUAGGAAGUGCUGGAUGAGCAUGAUUCACGCGAGCAGCGCAGCUUGUACUUCAGCACUCAGCUUCACUCUCUUGCAAAAUGUAGCUUGUGUUCCUUCAAAUGGUCAAUCUAGUAGAGCUCAGAUUGUAUGCGGAAGAAGUGGCAAGAUCUGUUUACUUUGGAGAGAGCUUUGUUCAACGAAGGGAGUCCGCGGGUGUCACGUUCCGAGACGAUCUCUUGUUGGUUUGCAAGCUGAGCUGCGGAAGCGGAGGUCACAGAGUACUGAUGUGAAGGGACUGCAGUCAAAGGCAUCUGCAGGAAUGGAAUCAUCAUCUAUUAAUCAAGAGGUGAUCGAGAUUGCAAACAAGGAAGAUGAGAAGCUGGCUGGAGUGCUGGAAGGGCCCCCAGAUGGAGAUGUGGUCAUUCUCUGCCACGGCUUCCUCUCCUCUAAGCGAAGCAGUACCCUUCAGACAAUUGUACCUGGACUCGUGGAAGCGGGGUUCGGGGUCCUCCGCUUUGACUUCAGUGGCAACGGGGAAAGUGGAGGCGAGUUUGAGUUUGGGAAUUACUGGAAGGAGGUGGAAGAUCUACGCUCAGUUGUUGGAUUCGUACGUGGGGUCAAGAAGCGGUCUGUCAAAGCCGUCCUUGGCCACAGCAAAGGCGGUGACGUCGUCAUUCUAUAUGCUGCCAAGUACGGGGACGUCCCAAUUGUCGUGAAUGUUUCCGGAAGGUUCGACCUGUCUCGAGGAGUGGAAGAACGGUUCGGGAAAGAGGGCCUGGCAGCAAUUGCGGAACAUGGUUAUUGGGACGUCAAGGAUUCACAGGGUGCCGUAAAUUACCGGGUAACCAAGAAGAGUCUAGAAGAACGACUGUGCAUCAGCAUAGAAAAAGCAGCUCGAACGAUUCAGAAAAACGUUCGUGUGUUGACCGUGCACGGAACUGCGGACGAAACCAUACCCGUAGACGAUGGCAGGUCCUUUGAUAAGGUCAUCGCAAACCAUGCGCUCGUUCUUGUCGAGGGGGCUGAUCACCGAUACUCAAGACAUAGGGAAGAUUUGCAGCAGAUUGUGUGCAGCUUCAUAGAGUCAAGUGAUUGAUCGAGUAGGUCUGGCCGUUGUCAGAUUCAAUGGUACACGCAGUUAACUCCGCAGCUAACCCAUUCGCUCAGUGCUAGACUGUCAAACUGCAUACUGCCAAGACCCCGUAUUCACGCAUGCAGUUCAUGCCGGGUUG